AUGGCCAAGACCGCCUACGAGCCCCGCGGCCGCGCGGUGCGGCGCUUUCCUGGCGCCGGCCGUACGCCGCGAGGUGGUCGGCCCGAGGUGCAGGCUCCGGCGGUGAUGUCCGCGCGGGAAGUGCGCGCGAUCCCCGUGGGGCCUGAGUUCAUCACCAGCAUCACCUUCGGAAUGGAGGUCUCCCCGCGCGCGCGGUCGGAGUCGCUGGGCGCCACGAAUGCCUCGCAAGCGACGCUGCGCCUGACGAGCUCCGUCGAGCGGGGCGCCAUGGCGCGCAGCGCGCGCAGCGUGCGCAGCCGAAGCCCCAGCAACUCACAGAGCUUGUCUCCGUGGCAUGGCGAGCAUGGGGCGGUGGUUUGGGGAGAUGAGGGGAGUCCACGACACCACUUCCUGCGGAAGGGUGCUGGACUGGUCUCGCAGCGGCUCGUCGCCCAGCAGAACCGACAACGUGGCUCGGCCGCGACGGGGGCUCGGCGCGACGUUCGGUGGAUGGAGAGAUGGAGAGAUGGAGACUGGAAUGAUGAAGAACCGGUGGGAGGGGGGACGCCGGUGGACUGGGCAGGCUUUGGCCGUGCCAGCCACUCCCAGGACGACGAGGACCGCAGCGCCUCGCGGCCGCCGCUGCCCUUCGCCUCGGACCUGGCGAGCCCGGCGCACCAGGUGGUGCAGGUGCGCCGCAACUCGCUGCGCCGGCCCAGCGUGCCCGUCACCAUCGACCUGGGAUUGGUCGAGGAUGGGCAAAGCCUGAGCCUGAGCGCCUCGGCCAUGGAAGGGUCGCCCCGCUUGCCUGGAUGGAUGGUGAUGGUGAUUGAUCAGAUCUUAGCACUUAGGGAAGGAAUGCCCAAUGAGACCAGCAAGUUCAACAACGAUUCCUCAACGUGUGCGAUGAGUGACGCUGAGAGAAGCCAGCUGAGCGGUCUCAGCUUUACUGUUGGCAUGUGGAACGGUGAGGCAACAAAUUUAUCCAACUCGUCCAGUGACAAUUCGACGAUGGAUGACAUGCAAACCACCGGACGCUUCUCGAAAGACGAGCUGCAGCAUCGGCAGAGGCUUUUUGGUGCAAUUAUCUUGGGAAGCUGUGCAGCCGUUGGCUGCUUAGCAGUGGUCGAUGGCAUCAGCAUUGCCAUUGCCUUUUCGUGCCCGGAUGAUACAUCACAGACUUUGGGAUGGUUCAUGCUUGUUUUCUACUUGACGGGUGUGGUCGUCCUUCAGUGGGCCAUCAUGGCAAUCUUGUGCUUCUUUGAUCCUUCAAGUGCUUGUUUCGCCAAGAUGAUGCACAUGGAUACCUUUGCAGCACGCGUGACGCUGCCUACGGAACACCAGUUCACUUGGAAGCUUCUCCACUUGUCCCGAACUCUAGGCGAAGAUGUCCCGCAAGCUGUGCUGCAGACCAUCUACCUCUUGACAGUCACGGAGAAUUACUUCAUGAUCAUCUCAGUGUGCACAGCUGUUUGUGGCUCACUCUUGGCACUUUAUGAUGCAUAUCAUCGUGCGCUAAAGGCAGCAGGCUUUCACAGCAAGACGGUCAGAGUAGUCCGCGCUGUCAUACGAGGCAGCAAUUUGGAGCUGCGAAUUCGCUGGUGGAACCUGUGUCGGUAUCCAGACAAGGUGAGGCCCACCACGACGCGCGACGUGGGGCCGAGCCCCCCCAGCUUCGUGGACGAGCCGCGGAGCUCGCUGGGCUCGGAGGAGACAGCGCCGCAGGAGGAGGAGGUCAAGGAUUUGAAGUCCUUUGGAGGCUUUCCAGAGGUUUCCGGAUGGUCCCAGGUCUUGGUUUGGGCUCAAUCCAAACGCGAAAAGAGGACUGACGAUGGUUCACGGAUUACCGAUUGGCAGUUUUGUGGCGACGUGAUCUACGAAGAAUUGGAAGAGCCGCCCAAGCCGCUGUGCUUGCCCACCACCUUGUGCCAGCCCUUUGGAGGUGAGAAAGGCGUUUCUACUGCCAGUGAUGGGAAGGGUUUUUCCCGCCGUUGGGAGCGGAGGAGGCUCUGCGUGCAGGCCAACCGGCAGGAUCCGCAGGUGCGCGCGCGCACGAAGCGGCCCCGCGAGACGAACUUGUAUGCAGUGACCGAGCUGAUCAUCAAGCCGGAGACGUGCAAAGAGGGUGUCAGCUACUCCGAGCUGAUCAAUCCUCGUGGCUUGGGUGGUGCUGUUGCUUGGGGCGGUUUGAGAAGGGCAGGGCGGAGAAGGGCGGAGAGCUUGGUCUCUUCCUCAUACCGCAACGAAUGUGGCUUGCAGGUGGACUACUUCAUCAGUCAUCACUGGGCAGAAGAUUUUGGGGAGUUUGUCCAGAGCGUUCUGAGACAUGCCAUCAUCGCGGCGCCCGAACUGGGCGGCAAGUGGAAGGAUGUGGUGUACUGGUGUUGUGCCUUUGCCAACAAUCAACAUCAAAUUGAACUAGGAGAGACCUUGCAGAAGAGCCCCUUCUACCAAGCCUUAAACUCCAAGAACUGCAAAGGCACCGUCAUGAACUUGAAUCAGGCGGCGACGGCCCUGGAUCGGAUUUGGUGCAUCUACGAGGUCUACCUCACCCACAGCUUGGAGAAGCCCUUCACCUUGAACUUCCGCCUGGGGCCGCUGGUGGGAGUGGUCCAAGAGACCAAGGAGAAGGACUCCUGGGUCUUCCACAUCUUCAAGAUGCUGCAGCACAUUGAUGUUGGACAAGCCGAUGCCACCAAUCCCGACGAUUACAACAAGAUCAUGGGCGAGAUCGAGAACUUCCGCAGCCGCGAGGGCACCGGCCCCAAGGCACUGAACCGAAUCGUGAAGGCCAUGCUGGGCUCCCAGGCGAUCUUCACCCUGGCACGGCGGGGCGAUCUGCAGGCGGUGAAGCGAGCGCUGGAGCUGGAUGCGGAUCCCAACAUCCCCGACACCCUCGGCAUCCGGCCCUUGACCUACGCCGCGGGCAACGGCCACGAGGAGGUGUGCCACGCGCUCAUCGCGGGCAGCGCGGACGUGCGCGCGCAGGUGGGCGCUCUGGAGGUCUUGGGCAUGUUCUCCCCCCAGCGCGGCGAGCGACGCCGCUGCAUCGAACAUGUGCGUGUGUUGGACGAAGAGAGAACAGAAGGCUUUCACAGCGCGGCCAUCAGCAAGGCCCUGCUGCAGCACACCACCAGCCGCUGCCAGGACUUGACCUCGGCACUGGACGCCGACAACGCGGAGUUGCGCCUGGAGGUGGUCCGCGAGCUGCGGCUCCUAUUGCAUGCUUUGGUGGAUCAUAGCAUGAAGCUCUUGCAAGGCGGGAUGGCCCUGCUUGGCGCCCUGCUGGCCAGACGGGGGCAAGCUGGUGCGGGGGAGGACGAGCGACAGGCCAUCAGUAAGCACUCGCAGUCCUUGGCGCCGUAUCUGGCCGACCCUGAUGCACGGGUGCGCUUGGCCGUGGUCGAGGCAGGCGGUGACGAGCAUCGGCAACUUCGAUCUACACACCUUGAAGGUGCCAAAGAGCAUCAUCCAGGCACCGAGUUGAUGGGUCGAAUGCAGGUGGAGAGUGUGGGCAGGGUCUCUACGCGGCGCAUGGCACUCUGCGCGAAGUGUCGCCGCGCCGCGCCAGCGGCUGGCGACGCUUGGUGCUUGGGGUGCUCCGGGUGGGAGGCUCUCGGGUCAGAACUCUCGUUUUCCUGGAGCCACCCCGGACUCCGUGCGGUCGCCACGGACAUAGUGGUGAGCGCGGUCCGCCAAGUGCGCGCCUUACGCGUCACUCGGGUCUCUCCACCCGUGGCGCCGGCUGCACGAGGCCAGACCCGGCCUCUCACUCCGGAGCGCCCCCCUCCUACGGCUGGCGCUGGGUCCGAGCCGAAGGAUCCUCGGGCUCCGCUGGUGCGAUCUCCCCGGCCUGAGAUCCCACCGGCUACAGAGGAGAAGGCCGACAAGGACGAGGAGAGUUCCUACGAGUCUGACGAGGACGACUCUGGUGAGGCCUCGGAGGCCACUAUAAUACAGGACCCAACCAGGGCUGUGAGCACAGAGGGACUGUCCGCGGAGGCGGCGCCCGCUGCUCGUCGCUCUGCAGAGCCGGCUGAGGAGGUCAAGCAGGAGAAGGUUGAGAAUACCGCUGGUGAGGCUGGGUCCGUGCCCGUGCCCACCGGUGAGGAGGCGGCAACUUCUUCGAGGGGUCAUAGACACCCCAAAGGUGAGCACCCAGUUCGACAUCGAGGACGCGAUCGUCGAGGAGACGGCUUCAAGAAGAAGAAGAGAAAGAGAGACAAGACUCACAGGGCAGGCGACGAAGCUGGAGUUCCUGGUCACGGAGACGACGUUUUCGGGGUCUACGAUGUCCGGGAUUUUUCAAGGUGGAAUAUGUUCGCACCUCAGCCGGGCAAUGUGCUGGUAACUGCCGUGCCCUAUGAGGUGGUUGGUCAGGACAAUGUGGAAGGCUUUUUCUUGGUGCUGGGCUCAACCCUUGCAUCAGAUGCCAGUAUGUUGGUACAGGUACGUGCGAUUGGGGCCAGUCGAGACGAUGUUGUCCCAACGCUCAGCAGUCUUUUCAAUCGGCGCGCUGGUGCUCUUCACAUUUGUUUGAACGAGGGACCGUGCGCGAUAGAAGAGGGAGUUUUCCAUGUGCGUCGACUGGAGCUAUGGAAUGGAUCCGAGUUCCCCUCAGGUCGACUCACGGUUGCAGGUCGAAAGCUGCUCAAGCAGGUAUUAGCUCCAGGAGGCACUGGAGACGAGAUCGAGGACGCGCUCCUAGCCGAGGACUUAGGCGAGGUUGUCGAGCUAGAGGGCUCAGGAAAGGAGAGGGGCGUGAAGGAUCCCCUGACAAAAGGCAAAGGAGGAAAACCACCUGGCGCUCGGGCUUCAAAGCGGAAGGCCCCAGGAGAGGGCCAAAAGGCAGUUUCGGGCCGUACCGCGCCUGGCAUCCUCAGGGACAGGCUGGAAAAGGUCCGUCAAAAGCAGCAGAACCAGGGCCUUGGUCGACGAGUCAGGAUCGCUGGAGAAGACCAGGUGUUCGAGGAGGAUGGAGAUGCUUCACCUGCUCCGGCCGGGUUGACUACGAGUUCGGAGAUUGGCACCACUCGGGAGGCCGCUGGCGCUCGCCGAGCCGGCACCGAGAUCGCGGUCAGGGAGCCAAGAGAAGGUAUUAUGAAGAAUUUGAGGUUGAGGAGGCAGCAGAAUGGAGGAGUGGUCGCCACCUUGACAUCUCAAGCCGCCAAAGCACUUCAAGACAAGAAGAGGAGGCCACGAAAGAAGAAGGACAAGGCAUUGGAUGCCUUGAAAGUGCUACUAGGCGGCAAGAAGAGAAAGAAAAAGAAAAAGAAAGAAAAGAAGAGGAAGAGGGGCGACGAUCCCGAUGGCGGCGACUCCGGGGACUCUUCAGGGAGCUCAGGAGAAGACGAGAAGUCAGGAAGCUGCAGCGAGAGCGGGGACAGCUCAGAGGAGGAAAAGUCCCUUUUGCCCCCUCUCAAAAAGAAAAGCGAGAGAGCGGAGGGGUCAGUGCUGGAGCUUCUCAUCACGCAGAUAGAACAACGCCUCAACGAGUUAGGUGUGAGCUCCCAGACUCGAGACGGUCGCGAGUUGUUCUUGAUAGCCAAUUGCAUCGACCUGUUGCGCGUUGGCCGACUGGGCCGGCUGGGGGAUGCCCUCGCGGCUCGCUGGCUGGCCCUCGAGCAAGCGGGGCUGGACCAGAACUGGUCCGCUGCCCGGCAUCUCGAAAUAUUCUCACCAGACCAUGCCACAGCGGCGGGACCGGCGGUGACGUUAGCGGCCAGGAAGUUUUCGAAGCUGAUGGAGAAGGUCACCGACCAGGACAGCAGGAUUUUGAUGGAUGACAGUCACGUGCUUUGGGGGGUUUCAGAAAUCAAAGAAGAUUUUCAGAAGAGAACCGUGUCCUACAGCGGAGAAGAGAUUUGCAAGGCUGAAGCGUUGAGCCUAGCCAGAAUUAAGCCUGGACUUCCUCCUGAAGGUCACGGAGGGUCAAUUGAAGCUGUCAAGUGGGUUGGAGGCAGGACACGUGAGCUUUUGCUGAAUCCCCUCGGUUGCUUGUGCCCGGAUGUUGGGCAAGAUCUCCCAAGGUUGCAAGGAAAGGUUCAUAUAGUGCGAGAAGAGGCUCUUACUGUGGCGAUGGAGCUGGUGCGACGAGGCAUUUGUCGUUGGACCCACUCUUCUGAGGUCGUCACCUAUAGAGGCCAGAAGGUUCUGAACGGACUGUUUGGAGUACCUAAGAGCAAGUUGCUGGAGAGUGGCGAGAGCGUGCUCAGGGUUAUCAUGAAUUUGGUCCCUAUCAACUCUGUCCUACGUGUCAUCCCUGGUAGAGUCGCCAAGUUACCUAACAUUACCCAGUGGCUGAACGUUGUGUUGGAGGAGGGCGAAACAGUCCGACUAGCUCAGUCAGACAUGACUUGUGCUUUUUACCUUUUCGGCAUGCCAAUUGAGUGGAGCAGACUUCUGUGCUUCAACCUUUGUUUCGACUCCUCCACGUUAGGCGUUGAGGCAAGGUCUAACUCGGAAGACAAGUGGUACUUGUCAUGUGCCGUGCUCCCGAUGGGUUGGAGCUCAGCUGUGGGCGUGAUGCAAGAGAUCGCAGAAAGUGUCUUGCUUCAAGGUGGAUUGGAUGACCAAGGACAAAUACACAAGACCUGCCCCCUGCCCAGCUGGAUGAUCAACAGUACCUCUGAAGGUAUGCGUCAAGGCCGUCCUUGGUGGCAUGUCUACCUUGACAACUUUGCUGGGGGUGCAAAGGUAGUUGAAGAACACCCGAAAGAGCUCAUUGAGUUGCAACGCUCGGCAGAGGCGCUUUGGGGCGAGGCAGGUAUUGUAGUGUCAGCUGACAAGUCAGUAGUGGCCGCAGAGAGUGGAGUAGAGCUAGGUGCCUUUAUAGGUGGCUCCGGUCAGUGGAUUGGCGCUAGCUGUGAAAGGAUGAUUAAGAUCAUCAAGAGCACCUUGUGGCUUAUCCACCAGCCCAGCAUCUCCAAGAAGAAGCUGCAGAUCGUGAUGGGACGGUGGUGCUUCGCUUUGCAAUUCCGCCGGCCGGGUAUGUGCCAGUUUGAUGCUGUCUGGGCCUACAUCAGCUCUAAGCGCCCCCGUGCUAGGCAGAUUGAGGAUGUCAGGUGCUAUGACGUGGCAGGCGUGAAGGUGAAAGCCUAUUUGGCAUGCGACAUACACAAACCUGCAAACCGAACCAUGGCUCGGAGAUGGCCGGACACGAUAUUCUGGGAUGACGUUAAGACUUUGACCCUGGACAGGCUCCGAGAAUUGUUAGAACAUGUGGAGGACUUUGAAGAAGUUCAUGUGUGGGCAGGAUUUCCCUGUGUGGACCUCAGCAGCGUUAGGGCGAACAGAUUGAAUUUGGAAGGAAAGUCCAGCGGGUUGAUUCGUGAGGCCGUGCGGAUUUUUGAUGACACCAAGUCUCUUUUUCCCCAAGCUGCUUUCCACUUCUUUGUGGAAAACGUGUCUAGCAUGGACUACAGUGCCAGGGAUGAAAUUAGUCGCAUGUUAGGUGUCCUGCCCUACAAGGUGGAUCCCAAGGAGCAAGUUCCGAACUCAAGACCUCGAUAUUGUUGGACUACAAUGAGUGUGGAAAAUCUGGAGGGCCUCCACAUCACUGAAAAGCCUGGGUACAAGGAAGUUUGGGUUGCAGGAGAAUGGCCAGCCCCCGCACAGUGGCUCACCCCGGGGUGGGAGCAAGCAGCCCCUGAGGUUAUCUAUCCCACAUUUAUGAAAGCAAUCAGGACUGGCGAGAUCUUUGACGUCAAAUUCAAACACCUCUUGCUAGGAAAAGAGAACAUGGUCGUGUUGGCCACCGGCGUGGACUGGGCCGUCGAGCCGCGGGCGCUGCGCGCGGAGGAUGCGGAGGGGCGGAACGUGGCACACCUGGCGGUGGAGAAGGGGCACAUGGAGUGCCUGGCAAUGAUGGCUCGGAGCCCCAGUCCCAAUUGGUCGGCCCCAACCAAUGGUCCAGACGAGAGGUCUGAGCAUUGA